AUGCACCCAUUUAUUUCGGAGAUUUUUGAUGGUCCUGGGCGCAAAGAGUCCAUCGUGGUUUUGAUAGUAGCCAUCUCAGUUGCCCACUGGCUCAUUGCGCCUAGUGCCUUUGGUCUCCUUGGAGAUCUACUUUUCAUUGGAACGGAGCAGGAUGAAUUCGCUCAUAAUUGUGAUGUGCUAGCGAAGAAACUGAACAUCGCAGACCUCACAGUCUGGACGACUCAGUACGUUGCUGCUGGGACAGAGUUGAAUUUGACCGUGGAUGAGCCGUUGUCAAAGGGUUCUGCCAGAUGCACCGAUCCUGGAUGGGGGACCACUGUCCCAUUCAUCACAACGGUGGACAUGUGUCGAAUAACGUCCGCUCUGAGGACCUCUGAUCGCUCAGAAAUCAGCAUAGAGACUUGGCUCCCGCGGAAUUGGACUGGUCGACUACUGAGCACUGGCAAUGGGGCUCUAGGCGGCUAUCCUGAUGUACUAAUCCAAUCUAGUGCGCAUCUUGCGGUUGUCGUAGGAAAGCAGAUUGUGCAUUCCUUCUACGGUCAGCCAAGUACCAAGGCCUAUUAUUAUGGCUGUUCAAGAGGGGGCGGUCAAGGUUGGAAAGAGGCGCAAGAUUUUCCAGACGAUUUCGAUGGGAUUUUGGUAGGAUGUGCUGCCCUCAGAGGCGUUGAUCUUUUCUCCUGGACGGCCAAUUUCAGGCUGAUUGUUGGGGCCCCCGAAGCGGCGUCUUUCGUGCCCCUCUCAAAGUGGGAGAUUGUGCAUGGAAAUGUCAUUGAACAAUGUGACGGUCUGGAUGGUGCGAUGGACGGUAUUGUGGAGUACCCGUCUGCAUGUGCUUAUGAUCCUAGCCAGCUGAUAUGCAGCCCAAGCAGCACAGAUUUCGAUCAAUGCCUUACUGCUCCUCAGGCUGUGACAGUUGGAAAAGUCUACUCUGACUUUUUGGUACAGGACGAAAUCUUCAUAUAUCCCGGCCUCCCUCCAAGUAGUGAGCUUGAGAUCGUGCCAUGGGGCACAUUAUCUGGCCAGCCGCAUGAAGCAGCGCAGGAUUACUUUCGCUUCGCAGUAUACGAUGACCCAAAGUGGGAUUCCCUAUCGAUGACUCAGGAUGACAUUCUUUAUGCUCGACAGAAAGAUCCGGGCGGCCUACAAGUCUGGUCGGGAAACCUCACUGCUUUCGCCGAAAGAGGGUCCAAGAUUCUUGCAUACCACGGCACUCAAGAUGCUUAUAUACCUUCGACCAUCGACAGAAUUUACUGGCAGCACGUUUCACAUACAAUGGGACUUUCUUCCAGCCAGAUGGAUGAGUUCUAUCGCUUAUUCAAAAUUGGCGGCAUGGGCCACUGCAGUGGCGGAUCGGGCGCCUGGUACAUUGGACAGCCAGGCUAUUCCCCGGUCGCAACUCACCCUGACCAAAAUGCUUUAAUGGCAUUGGUAAAAUGGGUCGAAAUUGGUAUUGGUCCUGAGGUGCUACUUGGUACGAAGUAUAUCAAUGACGACUUUACCGCUGAGAUCGACCUCCAGCGCGCCCAUUGUAAGUAUCCCACACGCAAUGUGUUUCAAGGAGGCGACUGGAAAGAUUUCCGAAACUGGAAGUGUGUUUAG